GGCGGAGCUUCGGCUUCGGGAUUCUUCGUCCACACGUGAUGCGCAGGAGCUGCAGGCGGAGUGCUGCAUCAGUGAUCGGGGACUAUGGAGCUGAAGAUUCGCUUAUGCGUGGCGCUGCUCUCUUUGGGUCUGUGUCUGGCCCUCAUGAGUCAGGUGAGGGCGCAGGAGGACCCUGAUGACUUGGAAAUGGAUGUGGAAGAUGCUAUAGAUGACAUGCAGGAUGAAGAUAUUGAUGAAGAGGAACAGAAGCCCCCCGCAUCUCCACCAGCACCCACUGUGACGUAUAAAGCUCCAGAACCGAUGGGCGAACAUUAUUUUGCUGAGUCUUUUGAUAAAGGAACACUUCAAGGGUGGGUUUUAUCCCAGGCCAAGAAGGAAGAUAUUGAUGAGGACAUUGCAAAGUAUGAUGGUAAAUGGGAAGUUGAAGAGAUGCAGGACACCAAACUGCCAGGUGAUAAAGGUCUGGUGUUGAAGUCCAGAGCCAAACAUCACGCAAUUUCCUCUCUUCUGCUGAGACCCUUCGUCUUUGACACCAAACCUCUCAUAGUCCAGUACGAGGUCAACUUUCAGACCGGUAUUGACUGUGGUGGUGCUUAUGUUAAACUGCUGUCCCAAACCAAUGAUCUUGACUUGGAGCAGUUUGUGGAUAAGACUCCAUACACCAUCAUGUUUGGGCCUGAUAAGUGUGGUGAGGAUUACAAACUACACUUCAUCUUCAGACACAAGAACCCUAAAACAGGCGAGUUUGAGGAGAAACAUGCCAAGAAACCUGACGUAGACCUCCGCACGUACUACACCGACAAGAAGACUCACCUCUACACACUGGUGUUGAACCCUGACAACAGUUUUGAGGUUCUGAUCGAUCAGACGGUGGUGAACAGCGGUAACCUGUUAAAUGACAUGACUCCACCCGUAAACCCAGCUUCUGAGAUCGAGGAUCCCGAUGACCACAAGCCUGAGGACUGGGAUGAGAGACCAAAGAUCCAGGACCCUGAUGCUGUCAAACCCGAGGAUUGGGAUGAAGACGCUCCUGCUAAGAUUGCUGAUGAAGAUGCUGUAAAGCCUGAGGGUUGGUUGGACGAUGAGCCCGAAUACGUUGGUGACCCCGACGCCAUCAAACCAGAAGACUGGGAUGAGGAUAUGGAUGGUGAGUGGGAGGCCCCUCAGAUCCCAAACCCCGCCUGCGAAUCCGCCCCUGGCUGUGGCACAUGGCAGAGACCAAUGAUUGACAACCCCAAUUACAAGGGCAAGUGGAAGUCACCGAUGAUUGACAACCCCAACUAUCAGGGAGUUUGGAAGCCCAGGAAGAUUCCUAACCCAGAUUUCUUUGAGGACCUGCAUCCGUUCCGUAUGACUUCCUUCAGUGCCGUGGGUCUGGAGCUCUGGUCCAUGUCCUCUGAUAUCUUCUUUGACAACUUCUUCAUCACCUCUGAUCGCAUUGUGGCUGAUCGGUGGGCCACUGAUGGUUGGGGUCUGAAGAAAGCAGCUGAGGGAGCCGCAGAGCCUGGUCUGGUGAAUCAGAUGAUAACUGCUGCUGAAGAGAGACCUUGGCUUUGGAUUGUUUAUGUCCUGACCGUGGCUCUACCACUGGUGCUCAUCAUUGUCUUCUGCUGCACUGGAAAGAAGAGUUCAGCAUCCACAGCUGCUGAGUACAAGAAGACUGAUGCUCCUCAGCCAGAUGUGAAGGAUGAUGAUGAAGAGGAGGACAAGCCUGAGGAAGAGGAGGCAAAGGACGAAGAACAAGAAGAGAAAAAGAGUGAUGAAGAUUCAGAAGAUUCUGCAGAUAAUGAACACACAGACAAGCAGAAAUUGAAUGAGAAAUCAGAGGACGACAUACUUAGAAGGUCUCCGAGAAACAGAAAACCAAGAAAGGACUGAUGGACUUUCUGAAUCUUCUCAACCGUAUCCCCACACCCCUCUCCUCCUGUACCCAGAGCCUGCUCUAUCUUUCCCUGCCCCUGUUCCCACGUUCCUUUCUACCCUGUUCUUCUGUUCUCCAUCACUGAUGUGAUGACGGUCAGAGAGAAACAGUGCAGUCCACCGCACGACCAACACCGAAAUGUACACCUCCUCAAACAGACUUGAGGAUGUUGAUGGUUACCAUGGUGAUGAUGAUGAUAAUGAUUGAAUAGAAUAGAAACUUUCUCCAUGUCUGAAAACGAAAUGACAGCUUUGUUACCAUUCCUAGACUGUGCAUCUGACACUCGUGUAAAGAUUUCAUAACCUCUUCUCGACUGUCACACACACACUUCCAGACAUUGUUCCUAAACAUACAACAACACUAUGGCACACUAGGUUUUGUAAGGAUUUCUGGCAAGCAGCUUUUUCAUCCUGUAUUUUUAAGGAUGAGGUUGUAGAUUUACAUGAGAAGCCAUAGAGAGUCAACUAUUGUAAGAAAGAUGGGAGUUUAAUCGAUUGAUGUUAAUUAUAAACUUAACUUUAAAGUCAAAAGAUUUUCUCUUUACCAUCUUCAUGAGGUUUAUGUUUUGUCAUGUCAUAGACGGGGCGUAAUCUUUCUAUAUGUAUACCCACCCAGACAUGGUGCACAUGCUCGAAGAAUCCAGGGAGAAUGCCAGGUAGAUUUGUAGAUUCUAGUGUACCGCCUUAUUUGUAGGACAGAAAAUUUGCUAAUAUUUUUUCUGUGAAUGUACUGUGACUUGUCUUUGUUUUUGUUUUUUUGCUUUUAUUUUUCGUUCAAAUGGACUUUUUACUAAUUGUGGAUUACUGUAAUAUUUGUUUUCUGGUCUGAUGUAGAUUCUAACCUGUCCAGCUCAAUAACAGGAACAUAUUGUCCCAUUUUCUUUUUGACAAUUUUGCCCUUUGUGACCAGAUUUGUUGAUAAGGCUCAAUAUAUUUUCAUUGGUGCAUGCAUAUGACUGGUGAAUAAUUCUUGUGAUGUCAUAUCCUGUCCAAGUAAUGUUUGCAGCAGUAGCAGUUUCCUGUUUAUUAAACACUUACAUUCACGCCAUGUGAAGUGGCAGUUUAAGAUAUCUCCAAUUCCAGUAUUUCAGGGUGAAUUUCACGACAACAUGUCCUAGUCACAUUUUAUGCCAAACUAAAGAAAAAAAAGAAAUUAUAUUUUUGGACCACAAAGAUUUGUUUGCAUUGUGACAGUUUUGGCUUUUCCACCAUUAUUGUCAGAGUUUAAUCUUUGUUAGACUUUUUUCUUCACUGUAAUUCAGUCUUUUGUUUACUGUAUGAUUUCCUGCAAUGAUGUGUAAAUAUUUGACAUAACUUUUUUGUGUAUUGAUUAUGAAAAAUGGCUUAUCACAAAAAAUCUAAAGGGUCCUGAAAUAGACUUGAUUUUAUUUAUGCCCAAUAUAAUUUCUUUUUAUUUCUUUUGUUUUUUGGGAUGAAAUAAGACCUGGAUGUGUAUUUGAGAUUGUGAGAUCCUCCUGAUGAUUCUUUGUUUUCUAGUAAGUGUCACUCAAGAAGACGACUUAGAAAGCAAGGUUUUGGGUGUAAAACAAGAAAAAAAAAUUCACUGACUCUGCCCCUAAAUACUUGACCCCAAAGAAAUGAAAAAAAGGCACUAUUAGGGGCUUACCCUUAUUUGAAGUUAACUAGUCUAGUUGGCUAGUUUACUUAGUUACUUGUUUCUACUCUCAAAAUGGCAAACCAGCCUCUUCUGUUUCUAUUCCAUCGACGCAGUGAGGUGAAAUGUCAUAACAUGAGCUCUGCCCCAAGACUGAUGAAGAGUUGGCACUUUCAAAGGUAACUGAGAAGAAUAAACGAAACGCAACAAAAACUCCAUACAGACCAAUAUCUGCUGCUCUGCUGUAUAAAUAUCUCUAAUCACCAUUAUCUUCAACCAUACAUGUUUUAUGUACACCUGUUUUGGGCUGUUCCAGGUUUUUUUUCAAAUUUUUUUUUUUCUUUCUUUUUUGAUAACCAUUAUUUCACAGAUGUAGGUGAUAAAUAGUGUUGAUGAAUAUAAGGAUGGAAAUGAAUGGAUUUGCUGGUGUUAUUGGAGGCAUUGAGAUCAUGAGUGAAUGAUGAUUCUGCCCUGGAGAGGAAAGUUUCAGAAUAAAUCCAUCAUGUUACUCACAAACUAAAAUAAACUGAUUUAACGAACAA